AUGAGGUACAUCCUCGCCCUCUCCGUCGUCGCUCUCCUAGCCGGCAGCGGGAUCGCCGUCCCCAUCGAGAACGCCGGAGCCGCCGCCCAAGAAGCGCAAGAUGGACUGGCAAAGGCCCGCGACGCCAGCCAUCACGAUGGGUCCCUGAAAAACAGCGACAUUGUCCAGUCUCAGGCCAAGUACGCCGAAGAGGGUGCGAGAGGCGAUGCCACCACCGGCAAUCCGGAUGACCCUAUCAAGAAGCUGAUGAGCGGUAUUCCCGUCAUGAUGGGCAUCAUUCUCAACGUCUCGAAGACCUUUUUGAAAGACACACUGCCUCACGGCAUUGAACUUGCACUCGGCUUGAACCGGGAUCAGGAUUGA